AUGGGUAGCUCGCCUUUCUUCAACGACCUCGACAAGCCUCUCGACAUGUCGGCGAUGCGCGAUGAGUCGUCCCUGUCGGAGCAAUGCCUUUCGGGGCAUUGUGAUGAUGACGCCGGGAAGACAGAGUCCCAUCGCCGACCGAAUCGGCGAGGCUUCCGAGGGUGGGUUCGCAAGGUCCUGGGAAAACUACAAGACUGGUUGCAGAAGGAGAUUCGGGAGGAGGAGGCUGAGGCCCAGAGGGCCAAGGAUGUGGUGGAGUGGAACAAUUUUGUGGAUGGUGUGAUCUCGAAGCGAAAGCAGACAGAGAGCCCUAUCCGCACCUCGCCGAUGAUGUUACGAUUCGAGCGAGGAACCCGCUUUCACUACAACCCCUCAGGGUACGUGAAUGAUGAAGCGAAGGGGAUCGACAGGAAGAGAAGGGCUAGGGUAAUUUAA